AUGACCCCGAAUCUCAACUACGCUGAUAAUGAAUGUGAACCAGAAACCAUAGUAUCAGUUCUAUUAGAUGGCGAAGAGGCAAUGGUGGAAUUUCUUGAAGAUCCGAAAAUAGAUAAUUAUGAUGAUUUACAAUAUGAUGCCUUUAUGGUGGUAUUUUCUCUGAUUGAACCAAGUUCCUUUGAAACAGCCACCAGCUUAAUUCGACAUCUUCGUGUUACGAUGGGUCUUGAUAGAACAAUCAUGCUAGUUGCCAAUAAGACUGACUUAGCCAGACAACGGCGUGUUAAUUCUAAUGAGGCAAGAACAAUAGCUAUGAAGUAUGACUGUGUAUUUCUGGAAACAGCAGGUGCUAUCAAUCACUAUGUUGAUGAAUUAUUAGUUGGAACAUUAAAACAAAUCAGGAUGAAAUUAAGUCCACCAUCGUGCGGUUUAUUGGGAACAUCAGAUGAUAUCAAUCUUAACAAACAAUCCUCUCCUAAACGAGCUCUCAACUUCCUGUGUAAAUUAUUUAAACGCACCAAUGGACGCAAAGCUCAAUCGUGUGAUAAUCUACUGGUGUUUUAG